AUUCCCUCUCUGUGUCUCUCCAUCUACCCCUCUCUCUCCUCCCCCUCUCUCCUUCUUUCUCUCUGUGUUUUUCUCCAGAGACUUCCAGUUUUUGAACACCAAACUCUUCUUACCUACUGGCCCUCCACCCCACACGCACACCGAGAGAGAAGCACAGCAGACACCAUGUUGCCUCUGCGUGUACCCAUCUUGGCUGUGCUGGUCACACUGUCCCUCUGCCAGUAUUAUGACUAUGAUUACCAACCUAACCCAGUGAUGGGGCCAUCAGCGCCCAACUGCAAUCAAGAGUGCGAUUGCCCGUUCCAUUUCCCCAGCGCCAUGUAUUGUGACAGCCGCAAGCUCAAAUUUGUUCCCAUAGUUCCAACAGGGAUCAAGUACCUGUACCUCCAGAACAAUCUGAUUGAGGAGAUCAAGGCAGGAGUGUUUGAUAAUGUUACUGACACACUGCGCUGGCUGAUAAUUGACAAUAACCAGAUCACUAAUGCUAAAAUAGCAAAGGGCACAAUUGACAAACUCACAGGCCUGGAGAAGUUGUUCAUCAGCUUCAACAACCUUACAGAGCCAGUCAUUCCUCCCUCAAAGUCCCUUGAGGAGCUGAGAAUUAUGAACAACAAGCUGUCCAAAUUUCCUUCUGGACUCUUGACUGACAAGGAGAAUUUGACCGCCAUUCACCUUCAGCACAAUGACCUAACCUCUGAAGCCAUCUCAGGGGCUUUCAGAGGGCUAAAGAAGCUGCUGUCAUUGGAUGUAAGCCACAACAAGCUGAAGAAGCUCCCAGCUGGUGUUCCCAAUUCACUGGUAAUGCUCUAUGCUGACUACAAUGUCAUUGAAAGUAUUGGAGCAGGAUACCUGAACAAGCUGCCCGCACUUCAGUACUUGAGAGUCUCACACAACAAGCUGGUGGACUCAGGGAUCCCUGCUGGAGUGUUCAAUGUGACAUCACUGCUGGAGCUUGACCUCUCUUUCAACAAACUGCAUUCUAUCCCCGAGGUCAACGAGCAGUUGGAGCAACUCUACCUUCAGGCAAAUGAAAUCAACAAGUUUGACCUGUCAAGUUUCUGCAAGUUCAUGGGACCCCUGAACUAUUCACGUCUGAAGCAUCUGCGUCUCGACGGAAACAACGUCACUCACAGCAGCAUGCCACCUGACACUGCCAACUGCCUGCGCCAAGCUUCAGAUAUCAUGUUCGAAUAAGGACCAGCUCUUCUCUACCAUCAUGACAAAGCUCAGCCCAUAACCUUCUGGAUUCAAAUGUCCUAAUAAUACGUCUUUCGUAGUACUGCCAUGCCUUUGCAUGUCCGACAUAGGUACUAUAUAAUCUGGGAAACAUUGGCCAAGCUUUAGGACAAAUCUAUAGCUUAGCCAAUGUGUGAUACAAAAGAAGGCAUGCAUGUGCAAUCAGAUCAAUAAAUUCAACAGGCAUUAAACAAAUAUUCCAAAUAACUCAUUGUCAAUAUUUCUAGAUACCAACCAAUACUAAAUCAUGAAGUUUAAAAAAAUUUAAAUGCACACAAUAUAAAAAUAACCAAAAACUCCAUGAGAUGAAUAAUUAUUAUGCUUUGAUUUUAACACACACUUUAAACAUUCCAAACUUGUUUUUGAGCACGCUGAAUAAAGACACAGUAUAAUGAUACUGAGAGUUUUCCGAUGUCUUAAUUCAGCCCUAGUGUUCUCUUUUUCCUUGUCUUGUAUGUUUCAGUGUCUAGCAUGUAUAAUAUAAUCAGGGGGAUUUUAUUAUUAAUAAUAAUCCAUUGCUGUGCAAAGGACCAGCACAUAAGGACUGCAUACUUGGAUUUAAUGUGUAGAGUAAGAAGAAAAUGGGGGAGGGUGGGUGUAAAAUAGCAGCUACAUUGCAGUCGUGUUUUCAUCAAAGCGGUUUUAGGGAAUAUAUCAUUGUUGUGAACUUGUCUGCCAUUAUAUACUGCAUACUUUAAACUGGUUUGAAACAAAUUUUAUGAAGUCCCAAUGACUGACUUUUGUUUUUUUACUGAAUAAACGAUAAUCGACUAAGAAAUGUCUGUUUUCUCCUAAUAACUAACUAGUUCUUCAAAGGAUUAGAAUUCUGUUCAGAAUAAAUUGCUAUUAAAGCUGAUUUGCUUUUCUGUUUAGUUGUACCUUGAAAUGAUAGAAUGAUGUAUUCUAGAAAUUGUGUUAGAUUGUUUCUGUAUACUAACUAAAGCCUAACUAUUUGCUGUCAUUCACAUUACUAAUUUGUAUACAACAUUUUCUUUACUUGCAUGCACCCUUUGGUGCCACUCUUUGAUAAUAAACUACAGCUUUUGCAGUUAAGGUGCUUUCAUUACUAUGUUGUUGUUGGUGUUUAAUACUGAUAAAUGUUUCUUACCAGCAUUACAUAAAAAAUGGCACCAAUUUCAUGUUGAUUGAAUGGUGUAUCUAUUUUAUUAGGUUACUACAUCUGUCUAGAAUUUUCUUUCCUUUUUUCAUGACUUCUUUUGACACCUUUGACUCAGUAACUGUUCAUGGAUUCAUUGUAAGAAAAUUAAACACAGUUGAACGAA